CCAGUUGUCUUUCUCCCUUUUCUACAGAUUUAUCUUUUCUGUACUGCAAAAAAAGAAAGUGUCAUAUACACUCUACCAAACUUCUCCUCUACACACACUUGAAUCUUACUAUUACAGCGUUUUGGUUGUGCAUAGAGAAUUUUUCUGCUCAUUGGGUUGAGGGCAGAGUCUGUGUUUUAUAUGUGUAUCUUUAGUAGCCGACUAACUGCUUAACGUGGAGGAAAAACCCCUGUGUAAAUUUGCUGAAUUGGGGUUUUGAAUGGUAGAGGAUACAGAAAUUUGGCUUCUUGGUAGCCAAAAAAACAAAAAAACAAAAAAACAAAACACGUGCUUCGAAGUCUCUGUCCUUCCUGCAGUGUUAGGCAGAACAAACGUGGGUGCCAGAUUCUAAUGGAGUUGUCUGGUCCAGGGAGAUUAGCGAGAGGCUGGGGCAGGGGCUCGGGAGUCUAAUCAAGAUAGGCAAUAAAUCGUGUGCCCGAAUAAUUCUCUGAAUUCAGUAACGGGGGACAGUUUUGCUAUUAGGCCCAGCCUAAAUAGGUGACAAAUAACGAAAUACAGAAGGAUUCUACAAAUAAUGGCCUUAUGGCUAAAAGAUCAUUGUAAAAGUUGUAACUGAUAUUCACAGCAAUUUUAGACACCAUAAAAAAGUUUAUUAGGAAGAAUUCAUUUUUGACGGAGUUUUACACGUCAUAGCAAAAAGGUAAUUUGUAGUCUAAUGAUAUACUUGCUAGGUCAGCUCAUAGAUGUGCUAGAAUGACAUAGUCUAGGCAUUUUACGCACAGAGUAUUUGAAUUCAAUUUUUCAGACCCAUGGUAGUAUACUCAGUAUUACUCUGAAUGUUUGUCUCAUUGUUACAAAGUUAGCUACAGUAGACUGACCUGUAAAUAUGUUGAUAUGACACGAUAAAUGUUUUGGAACAAAAUUACUUGUUAAGUAGGGAUGGGGGUGAGAAAUUCAGAUAACCUGGAGACAGAAACUGCUUUCAGUAGCUUUAUCUUACAACGUGUUCAACUAGAUUCAAUCUUUGCUUCAGGAGAGGUAUGUUAGAGACGUGAGGAAGGCCCAAGGGAAAAGGGUGUCCUUUAUUGUUUAAUGAGGAGUUUCAAGGGAGAUCAGGGUAAUUAUAGAUUCUAGAUCUCUAAAGGAAGAAAGAAUAACCAGGGCCUUUCUAGGGAUAAAGGAAAGGAAAUACAUCAUGAUUGACAUGGAGAGGUGCCAAAGCACACAAUGGACAUAAUAGCAUACCUAAGAGGGAGUAGGGAGGGUUUGAGAGCCCAUUGUGUUCAUUCGCUCAGUAAUUUGUUCAUUCAAAAAUAUUGAACCCCUUUCUGUGUACCAAGCACUGUGCUUGACCCUUGGCGUUUUACAAACUUUUCUUAAGAGGACAGAAUACUAUGGUGGUUCCGUGAAGUAAAUGGAAAAUGGAAAACUGCUUAUACGAGUGGUUUUCAGAUGCUUCAAGUGUUGUGAACAGAGACUUGUUUGGAUUAUGCGUUUCUCAGCUAGACUAAAUAAAUGCUAACAAUGGAUAAGUGCAAACAUGUUGGGCAGCUGCGGCUUGCUCAAGACCAUUCCAGCCUCAACCCUCAGAAAUGGCACUGUGUGGACUGCAACACGACCGAGUCCAUUUGGGCUUGCCUUAGCUGCUCCCAUGUUGCCUGUGGAAGAUAUAUUGAAGAGCAUGCACUCAAGCACUUUCAAGAAAGCAGUCAUCCUGUUGCAUUGGAGGUGAAUGAGAUGUAUGUUUUUUGUUACCUUUGUGACGAUUACGUUCUGAAUGAUAAUGCAACUGGAGACCUGAAGUUACUACGGAGUACAUUAAGUGCAAUCAAAAGUCAAAAUUAUCACUGCAUGACUCGUAGUGGGAUGGUUUUACGGUCCAUGGGUACAAGUGAUGAUUCUUAUUUCUUAUAUGACGGUGCCCAAUCUCUGCUUCAAAAUGAAGAUCAAAUGUAUACUGCUCUUUGGCACAGGAGAAGGAUAUUAAUGGGUAAAAUCUUUCGAACAUGGUUUGAACAAUCACCCAUUGGAAGAAAAAAGCAAGAAGAACAAUUUCAGGAAAAAUUAGUAGUAAAAAGAGAAGUAAAGCGAAGACGGCAAGAAUUAGAGUAUCAAGUUAAAGCAGAAUUGGAAAGUAUGCCUCCAAGAAAGAGUUUACGUUUACAAGGGCUCGCUCAGUCGACCAUAAUAGAAAUAGUUCCUGUUCAGGUGCCAGCACAAAUGCCAGCAUCAACAGCAAAAGAUAAAGUACUCUCUACCUCAGAAGAUGAAAGAUCUCAAAAAAUCAAUGACUCCUCAGUUAAACGAAAGUCAAUAGUAACUCCUGGUGUAACAGGAUUGAGAAAUUUGGGGAAUACUUGCUAUAUGAAUUCUGUUCUUCAGGUGUUGAGUCAUUUACUUAUUUUUCGACAAUGUUUUUUAAAGCUUGAUCUGAACCAAUGGCUGGCUGUGACUGCUAGUGAGAAGAAAAGAUCUUUCUGUAAGCAUCCACCAGUCACAGAUACAGUAGUAUAUCAAAUGAAUGAAUGUCAAGAAAAAGAUACAGGUUUUGUUCGCUCCAGACAAUCAAGUCUGUCAUCAGGACUAAGUGGUGGAGCAUCAAAAAGUAGAAAGAUGGAACUUAUUCAGCCAAGGGAGCCAACUUCACAGUACCUUUCUCUUUGUCAUGAAUUGCAUACUUUGUUCCAAGUCAUGUGGUCUGGAAAGUGGGCGUUGGUCUCACCAUUUGCUAUGCUACACUCAGUGUGGAGACUCAUUCCUGCCUUUCGUGGUUGCGCCCAACAAGAUGCUCAGGAAUUUCUUUGUGAACUUUUAGAUAAAAUACAACAUGAAUUAGAGACAACCGGUACCAGUUUACCAGCUCUUAUCCCCACUUCUCAAAGGAAACUCAUCAAACAAGUUCUGAAUGUUGUAAAUAACAUUUUUCACGGACAACUUCUUAGUCAGGUUACAUGUCUUGCAUGUGACAACAAAUCCAAUACCAUAGAACCUUUCUGGGACUUGUCAUUGGAGUUUCCAGAAAGAUAUCAAUGCAGUGGAAAAGAUAUUGCGUCUCAGCCAUGUCUGGUUACUGAAAUGUUGGCCAAAUUUACAGAAACUGAAGCUUUAGAAGGAAAAAUCUACGUAUGUGACCAGUGUAACUCAAAGCGUAGAAGGUUUUCCUCCAAACCAGUUGUACUCACAGAAGCCCAGAAACAACUUAUGAUAUGCCACCUACCUCAGGUUCUCAGACUGCACCUCAAACGAUUCAGGUGGUCAGGACGUAAUAACCGAGAGAAGAUUGGUGUUCAUGUUGGCUUUGAGGAAAUCUUAAACAUGGAGCCCUAUUGCUGCAGGGAGACCCUGAAAUCCCUCAGACCAGAAUGCUUUAUCUAUGACUUGUCUGCGGUGGUGAUGCACCAUGGGAAAGGAUUUGGCUCAGGGCACUACACUGCCUACUGCUAUAAUUCUGAAGGAGGGUUCUGGGUACACUGCAAUGAUUCCAAGCUAAGCAUGUGCACUAUGGAUGAAGUAUGCAAGGCGCAAGCUUAUAUCUUGUUUUAUACCCAACGAGUUACUGAGAAUGGACAUUCUAAACUUUUGCCUCCAGAGCUCCUGUUCGGGAGCCAACAUCCCAAUGAAGACGCUGAUACCUCGUCUAAUGAAAUCCUUAGCUGAUCCAAAGACAAUGGGGUUUUCUAACUGUGAUUUAUAUAUACACUUUUAAAAAGACUGAUGUACCAUUUUAAACUUUUCUUAUGAAUCAGUGUAUAUACUACAUUUAUACAUUUUAUAUCUAACUACAAUUUUUUUUUUUUUUUUACAAAGUAUAAAUGUGUAUAUCAACUGAAGGUAACUACUUUUUUCAAAUAUUUGGAGUUUUAAACUUUUGGUGUUUACCUCAGACUGAUGUUACCUCUUUUAUAUUUCUAUGUCUUAAUUGGCUCGGAUCAUGAAUUUGUGCAAUCUUCUACUAACAAAGUUCGAGUGGCAUCAUUUUAUAUACAUGUGUUAUCUUUUUCAGGUAUUUUCUAUACAAAUUCUUAAUAGAUGGAAAAUUAGACUUUGCUUGGUCACUAAUAGUCUUUCUUUCAUUUGUAUAUUGAAGUUACCUUGCCCGUUGGAGUUAUUGAAGUGACAUGUCAAGUUAUCACCUAAAUAUUCUUCAGUCACACUCACUGGUAUUUCUGAGGCUUUGUGUGUUACAGGCCUUGUAAUAGACAUUAUUUUGGUUAAUGUAACCCCAAAAUUGUUUUAGUAAUUGCUCUUUAUUUGGCAUAGUCAAACUAUAAAUGAAAAUGGCAGCUUUACAAAUAGUAUAUUUAAGUGACCUUUGGAACUAUGGACAUGAAAAAAUGAUGCCUGGGAUUUAUGAUUUUUGUCUGGCAGCAAACAGGUUUGUCCAGAAGUCUAAAAAUUAAGCAGUCAUAAAAAGUCUGAAUUUAGCAAACCAGUAUAUGAUGUUAUUCAAACAGUUUACCUUGGGUAUGAGUUCAUUUUAUAAUGUCUGAUGACAUUAGAUCUCUUAAAACUUUAUAUGUAUUUUUUAGUUCAAAGGAAUAAAGAGUCUUGAAGAGAAAAAAUUACAGGGCAAAAAAGUGUUCAAAAUUGGCAACUGGACUAUUAUGUCUAGCAUCUCAUUCUCCUAAAUAACUAAAGUUUGAUUUACUCUUGCUAGGAUUAUGUGACUACUAGGUAGGAGCCUCUUAAAACACUGGCCCUGAGCAUUAAAAAAAUUAAAAGCUAUCUAAACUUGCAAAAAAAAAAAAAAAAAAAAGCCGUGAGUCACUCUUUUUGUUCUUCUCUGAUAAUCUCACUGGAUUUCUUUAAAGUCCUGUUGCUGCUAACUUUAUCUUGUUUGGAGAGGGCAGAAUCAACUAAUCUGCAGACCAGCUAUGUAAGCUCUGUUAACCACAGGAAGAUCAUGUAUCCUUUUUUUAUAAGUGGGUUUAUUUGCAGGUUGAAGUCUUAGUGAAAGAUAAUAUCCUGUAGAAUGCUGUUCACCAGUAGUGAUCAUCUGUAAGUACAAACUUGAAAGAGAUCUCUACCAGUAAAUAACAAGUCAUCUGGGUUAGCUGAAGUGCAAUAAGACUUUUAUCACUGAACAGACAAAUCAUCUGUGCCAAAAACACAUCUGGAAUAUUAAAUGGCUGUGUUUAAAAUUGUUCAUAAUACCUAUGCAAGUCGUUACCUCAACUGUUACACACUUAAUACCUCAUUAAAAAUUUACGUGGUCAAGAUA